GUAAUUUCAAGAAUGAGAGUAUAUGCUGGGGGCACCUCUGAAGAGAAAGGAUCAGGAAAUUGAACCACCAUACAUUAACAUCUCAGGCCAAAAGACAAGCUAUGACUGUGCUAUUUAUGUAAUGAAGUGGCUUGAAAUAAUUCAGCCUGAAAAUGUUAAAAGGGGGAAGUAUGAGUGGGACAAUUGGACCCAGGAGGAGGUGGACCACUAUAGAGUAGGAUAUGCUUCCCGGAUUCUAUUCCAUGAAAUGAAUCAAGACAAAGCUAAAGCCAUUAGGGGAAGUGAUGCAAUAAGACUGUCCAAACCAUCCUCAUUGUUAUUGAGUCCAUAUUGUCAGAUAGAUUCUAAUGAUAUUGACACUGAUUAAUCUAACUGUUA